AUGGUGGUGGAGGCAAAACUGCGCGAGGACGCAUUUCAGGCUUGGCUGAGACGGAAAUCCGAUCAGCGAGAGACUGAGAGAUGGAUGAAUGAGAUGCAGGUUCAGGAGCAACUUGCGCGCACUGUCAAGCGAACUCAAUCGGACUGUGACCAAGCAUAUCGUCAGUACAGAAAGCGGCGCGAAGAAAAACUGCGUGAACUUGAGGCUCAAAGUCGAGCACGCAUCACCGGCUUGAUUAUGCGUCAAUGUCGUAAGUCCCAAGUUCUGGCAAGAGCUCUACAGCGGUUCAGCGCUUGCAGUUUGGUGAACUACAGGGGAGUCUUCGUCUAG